GGCAACCUGCAACAGUAUGUGCGCAUGUUAAUCUUAGAGGAAAACUAAGUUUGUUAAAAGGGUUUUCUUGUUACUAGUGACGGGAGGGAGAAGAGAGAGAGAGAGAGGAGGAGGAGGAGGAGGAGCGCGUUCCUCUCUGCCUCGCACUAACAAGGCUCAGUUUAGUUUGUUUCGCUAGGGGAGGAGAGAGAAACGGAAGGGAGGAGAUAGCCAUUAGCCCAUGGAGGCGAGGAGCUCCAUUCCCCUUUUCUUUCCCUUCUCCGCCUGCACGUCUAACGAAAAGAGCAAUCUUUCCCUUCUUCCCUGCUUUUGCAGGAACAAUGGCCGAGAGCAAGCGGUUCGACACAAAGAGCCCAGGCUGCCUGGAAGGCUUGUUCAACUUCCUUGCCCUCAACCAACGGUUGCAAAUGCCGAAGAUGAUUGCCUACCGAAAGCACAGCGAAGGAAAUAACAAUACCCUCAGAGUGAAAGUUCCAAAGCCCAAAAAUCGCGGUGAAAAAGAUGAGACUAUUCCGAAGGAAACUAACAAUGUUUCUCCAACGGCAAAGGUUCGCAUGUUCAUAUGGAGGACACUCAUGUUCAAGAAGAAAACACCCAGGAAAGAUCAAAAGAAGAGCAGCUCCCCAUCCUCAUCACGUCUGUUGCGCUCCAGAUCAAUCCAUCACUCAAAAUGCUUUGAUUAUGUGGCUCCUGACGAGUUGGCUGCCCAUUACCAUACAAUGAACAACUCGAGCUCCAGUGAGAUGGGUUCUUGUCACAGUGAACCACCAUUGUCACACGAGAGCCUGCAACAUCCCAUUAACCAAGAGCCGUGCAAGGCUUGUGGAAGCCUUGGUGGCAAAGAUAGCAUAGAUUUGGAGGCACCCUGUGAGAUUGCACCUAGGGAUCUUACUGGCGAAAAUGAGGCCUCCAAGCAGAAAAUCCGUGAUGCUGCAACUCAUCACUCACAGGAGUUCAUGGAUUUCCUUGAACUGUUUAAUGCACACAGGGAACUAUUUCUCAAGAUUCUCCAUGAUCCUUCAUUGCUAGUUACACCUGAACAGCAAGGGAAAGAAGCUUCCUCCAGUGGUGUUGUACCACUGAACAAAUUGGAAUCAUUUCCAAGACCGGGGGGAUCAUCAGGGAAACGUAACCCUAUAUUUGAUCGGAGUGACAGUGAGAAAAACAGGAGGUCAGAAAUCCAAAGGUCACCCUCAAGGCCUAAUUCAGACCUAGAUGCCACAAAAGUCAUCAGUACAAGAAUGCCUACCGGUGUUGAUGGUUCAGCAGUUUCUCUUGCAGAAUCAAGAAGCUUGAAGAAAACUGGAACCACUUCAAGUCGUUUUAAAGCUAUCAGUAGGAAGAUCAAAGAUGUUGUAAAGGAGAACCGGAAAGAGCUUGCUCGGAUUACCAAAGAUGGAGUUUUCCACAAACUGCCAUAUGGCCAAAAAAUGUCUGCACUUACCAGGAGCCCCUCCACAGAGAAGUUUGUCCAGGAGGAGAAACAAAUACGAAGAUCAUAUUCUAUUGCAGAAUCAGUAGACAAGUAUUCAACACUGUAUGAGUCAAUCUCGAGGGACUCGAAGGUUUCUCCAGAAAGAUUAAGUAUAACGAUGGAAGGCAGCGUGAGCUUAAAAGAUAAGAAGCCACCAACGGGUUUCAAAAGAAUAACUUCUCUUCCAGAGAUGCGGUUAUGUUCACCUCACCAAGAGGUCCCAGCUGAAGUUUUAGAUUAUCGGAUUGGGCCCAAGACUUACAAUGUGGAAUCUGAUCGCUUUUCUUCACGCCGAACUAAUUCCUUUGUUAUCUAUUCAGAAGGAAAUUUCUAUCCUGAUGAUGUCACAGAAAGAUCAGGAGAUAUUCACCAUGAACUAAAUUAUGAAGAAGCUGCUUUUGUAGGCUCCUUGGAAGAGGAUUUCCGUAGCAUCCUUCGAAGUCCAAGUUUAUCUUCUUUUGGUCAAUCUUUCUCCCACCGCCGCAUCAAUAGUUUACCUUCUUUCGAUCGUUCUUUCUUCCAAGAUCGCACUGGCAGUUUUACAGAGCGUUCUAUAGCAGAUUCGGAGCCGACAUUCGAAAACAUGCAACUUGGGGAUGAGGACUGGCUAGUCAAGCCACCACAGCCCCCAGGAGCAUAUGCAGCCAAUUUCAAGGAUGAAGAGUGGCUGGUCACACCACUAAAGCGCUCAGGUGUUGUCAACGCUACUGAUCAAGAGGAUGAAGAGUGGUUGGUCAAGACAUCACAACUAUCAGGUGCCAAGGGUGUUGAUCUCGAGGAUGAAGAGUGGUUAGUCAAGCCAGGGCAGCCCUUAAGUACUGAUGCUUUGGAUUCAGAAUUCCACUUUAUACAUGAAUUUGCCGAACAAGAUGCCGCGGAACCGUUGCACAUUUAUGUCAGCGACAAGAAUGAGGCUGAUUUCCAGUAUGUCAAGGGCAUACUCAAGAAAUCAGGAUUCAGCUGCGGCGAGGUCGACUGGUAUGCAUCCAAUCAGCCAGUCAGCCCUGUGAUCUUUGAGGAAGCAGAAUGCUCAUGCCAGGAACUCGGCAUGGUAAAGGAUGACCCACACAAUAUUGUCAGGCAUAUGCUCCUUUUUGAUCUUAUCAAUGAAGUCCUACUGGACAUAUAUGACUCUUCCCUAGUCAUUGGCUCAUGGCAUUCACGCUUCGAUUUACGAACCAGACCGAUUCCCAUGGGGUCUCAUGUCCUUGAGGAGGUGUGGGCAAAGGUGAGCUGCUAUCUGAGCCUGCAAUGGAAGCAAGGCCAGACGGUGGAGGACAUAGUGGCACAUGAUCUUAUGAUGAAAGACAAUUGGAUGAACCUGGUAUAUGACGCCGAGUAUGCCGCGUUGGACUUGGAGGAUCUGAUGGUGGAAGACUUUUUGGAUGAUGUUGUUAUUCAGAUAGUGUUAGAGUCAAUUGAUGAAUGACUAUUAUGAGCUAAUUUUCUUCGGCAGAUUGAGCUUUGCAGUAAUUUGUUAGCGCAUAAGGCUGAACAGUAACGUGCUCCAGAAGAAUGGUACCUGAUAGAUGGAUAACUGGUCUAGCACUUAACCAUCUACACUUACUGUGAAGAUCAUUUUACCAGAAUUGCCAUUCUGGCAACUGUCAGAUGCAGUAGAUGUUAGCAAUGUUUAGAUAUUGUUAGGACAGAAAGUAGAGAAUAGACAGGAAAUAGGUAGCAGAGGGCUGAAUGUAACAUUUGACAGGCAGAUCUGCUUGAUUUCUACUUGUAUCAUACACCUAUUAAUUGUAACCAAACUUUCAUGAGUUCUUAAUAGUCAGUA